AGGCCUCAGGAUCGACCAGCGUCCCUGCACUUGUCCAUCCUCAGUCCGUCCAUCCGUGUCAAGCCAUGGUGAAGCUGAUAGCACUCACCGUCGUGGGACUGGUUUUGGCACUUUACAAGAACCACCGGGCUUCCUAUCAGGCAAGAUUAAAUGCUUUCCGUGAAGUAACACCAGUAGAACUCCCUAAUUGUAAUUUAGUUAAAGGAAUUGAGACAGGUGCGGAAGACUUGGAGAUCCUGCCCAAUGGACUGACUUUCCUGAGCACCGGAUUAAAAUAUCCUGGAAUAAAAAGUUUCGAUCCCAGUAAGCCUGGAAAAAUACUUCUGAUGGACCUGAAUGAGAAGGAGCCAGCAGUGUCAGAGUUGGAAAUUACAGGCGAUACAUUGGAUAUAUCUUCAUUUAACCCUCAUGGGAUUAGUACAUUCACAGAUGAAGAUAAUGUCGUGUACCUGCUAGUGGUAAGCCAUCCAGACUCCUCAUCCACUGUGGAGGUGUUUAAAUUUCAAGAAGAGGAAAGAUCACUUCUGCAUCUGAAAACCAUCACACAUGAACUUCUGCCUAGCAUCAACGACAUUGCUGCUGUUGGGCCUGAGAACUUUUAUGCCACAAAUGAUCACUAUUUUACUGACCCAUACUUACGGUCCUGGGAAAUGUACUUGGGUCUGUCAUGGUCCAAUGUUGUGUACUACAGCCCAGAUAAAGUCCAUGUGGUCGCAGAAGGAUUUGAUUUCGCCAAUGGCAUUGGCAUUUCCCUUGAUGGCAAGUAUGUCUAUAUAGCUGAGUUGCUGGCCCACAAGAUUCAUGUGUACGAAAAGCAUGCUAAUUGGACAUUAACGCCAUUGAAGGUCCUCGACUUUGACACCCUUGUGGAUAACAUCUCUGUGGAUCCGGUGACAGGGGACCUCUGGGUCGGUUGCCAUCCCAAUGGGAUGAGGAUCUUCUUCUAUGACUCAGAGAACCCUCCUGGCUCAGAGGUGCUUCGGAUCCAGAACAUUUUAUCAGAAGAACCCAAAGUAACUGUGGUAUAUGCAGAGAAUGGCACGGUCCUGCAAGGCACGACAGUUGCCUCGGUCUACAAAGGAAAACUGCUGAUCGGCACGGUGUUCCACAGAGCUCUUUACUGUGAUCUGUGACAAGCGGGGUGCGCCCAGGUCGUGGAGACAGAGCCCGUUAUUUCAAUCUUCGGCCGUAUUUUAAGGUGCCUGCCUCAGUGGUGUGUGUUGACUUGGUCUCAGACUUGAGCAGGCAUGAGAGGGUUUACUGGCCAUAAAUGCUAAAUAGCAAGAAUUUCUUGAAUGUUAGCCUAGGACUUACUUGAAGACUUCAUUUACCAAUAAAACCUCACUUUCACCAAAA